AUGCCCCCUUCCUUCCUGGCGCAGAGCGCCAUCGAGUUUGUUUUGGUGCCGGCCACGUUUCUUCUUCCGGUCGGUGUCUACCUUUUUACCGACUACAUCGACGAUUUCGUUCAGGCGGUUCCUGGUAUCUUGCGGGCUCCUAGUACAGGUGGAGCAUUAGAGGAAGUCUCUGCUGGUGUUGAUGCAAGACCAAUACCACAUGGAGAGUCAGAAUCUUCCAAAAAGAUACUCGAUGUUGGAAUGCCAUCGACAAGCGAAGGACCCCUAAGCUGGUGGACUUUGCCAGCAUCGAUAGUGCUCUUCGUGGUCUACAGCAUCUACUUGCGUGCUGGAAGGGCCGACUAUGUCGCACAAAAAUGUAGUGGAAUCAAAACUGAAUAGACGAACAAGUGAGAAAUAAUUACGAAACUCGCAUACUUACUUACAGUCUUACGAAUACGAUCGAUGCCUGGUCGUGUGGUCUUCGACUUAUGCUCAAUCGCCAUGGUCGUUUUCGAGUGAGUCAGUUUAU